CAGCUCGCACUCUCUCACUCCUCUCCCCCUCUCUAUCACCAGUUUCAUUCUACUCUCUCUCUCUCUCUCUCGCCCUCAACACUUUCAUUUUUCAGCUGUCGCUCCGCACUUCGUUCGCGGUUUUGUUACUGUUCAGUUCGCGAUGGAAGGUGUCUUCAAGUACAUUGACGAUAAUGCCGACCGUUUUAUUAAACGGCUUGGCACUGCUGUGGCCAUUCCUAGUGUGUCAGCAUCUGUGAAACUGAGGCCAGAAGUUAGAAGAAUGGUUGAAUGGACAAAAGCUGAAAUGGAGAAACUUCAUAUUCAAACUGAAUUACUGGAACUUGGAGAUCAAGUCCACCCAUCCUCAGAAGUCCUUAAACUUCCUCCUGUGAUUUUCGGACAACUUGGUAAGGAUCCUAAAAAGAAAACCUUGGUAGUGUAUGGACAUCUUGAUGUACAACCAGCGAAUAAGUCUGAUGGCUGGAAUACAGAGCCAUUUGUUUUAACAGAAAUUGACGGCAAGUUAUUUGGGAGAGGAUCAACUGAUGAUAAGGGACCAGUUCUUGGUUGGUUGAACACUAUUGAAGCUUUCCAAAAUCAGAAAAUUGACAUUCCUGUCAAUUUAAAAUUUGUGUUUGAAGCCAUGGAAGAAUCUGAUUCUGUUGGUCUUUCAGAACUGUUAAUGUCAAAGAAAGAUUCUUUUUUGAAGGAUAUUGAUUUCGUCUGCAUCUCUGAUAAUUACUGGCUUGGAAAGAAUAAACCCUGCUUGACUUAUGGACUUCGUGGGGUUUGUUACUUCUACGUUGAAGUAGAAUGUUCGUCUAAAGAUUUACAUUCCGGUGUGUUUGGUGGUUCUGUUCAUGAAGCAAUGAGUGACCUUGUCUUUUUGAUGAAUUCUUUGGUUGAUUUGAAUGGUCGUAUCCUGAUUCCAGGAAUUUAUGAUUCUGUGAAAUCAAUCACUUCAGAAGAAAAUUCCUUAUAUGAGAAUAUUGAUUUUGAUUUGGAGGACUACUGUAAAGAUAUAGGCUGUGAAAAACUCAUGCAUUCAUCAAAGGAUGAAAUUCUGAAGCAUAGGUGGCGAAACCCAUCUCUCUCACUUCAUGGUAUUGAAGGAGCUUUCAGUGAACCUGGUGCAAAGACUGUUAUUCCCAGAAAAGUGAUUGGAAAGUUCUCCAUUCGUAUAGUGCCAAACCAAACUCCUGAUGAAGUGACAAAAUUGGCUAAAUCCUAUUUGGAGAAUUGCUACAAGACAAGAGGCUCACCCAACAAAUUUAGAGUCACUGGUGGUGGUGGUCCUGCUUGGCUCAGUGAUUUUAAUCACGUGAAUUACAAUGCUGCUAAAAAAGCUUGUCAGACAGUGUAUGGCAUAGAACCUGACAUGACCCGUGAAGGGGGUAGCAUUCCAGUGACCCUCACUUUGGAACAAGCAACUAACAAAAAUGUUUUACUACUUCCUAUGGGUGCUUGUGAUGAUGGGGCACACUCCCAGAAUGAGAAAAUCAACAUCAGCAAUUUCAUCAAAGGGACCAAACUAUUUGCUGCCUAUCUUGAUGAACUUGGAAAACUAUAAAGAAAUGAUGAAUCAGUGAAUCUUUGUCAAAUACACAUAUAUUUGCGUUAAUUCCUCUAAUCUCUCAAAUGCUCAGAAUGUUGUUGUUUGUAAUAGAGUUGCCAUAUCUGAACAUUUCUAAAAGCUAAACAUUCCCCCAAAUCAUUUUAUCCUUCCCUCCAGUUCUAGCCAUGCCCGUCACUCACUGUGAUGCUCUGUAACUUUGAAGCAACCAUGACACUAAAACAGUUAUAUGACCGAAAGAAUUUUAUGCCUUUGUAAUGCCACUUUACCAAUGCCUUCAUAACUCCUGAGUCUUUCAAACAUUAUUUUGUAAUUGUCGCAACCAUUUUCCUCUAGCCCUUUAGCAUUUAAACAGCCAAAUCUGGCCAAAUUUUCUGUUUAAUGUUCAAACUAGCUGGAUCCAGCUUCUCAUACCUACCCUACAAUGCUAUUCUAAAAAUAAACAAUUACAUUAUCAAAGUCUUGAACCUACAAGACAAUGCAUGAUUAAUUCAAAACUAUGUGAAUAAAUAAUUAUUACAUUUAACAGCGUAAUCUGAAUGCUAAGGGGUUUAAGAUUCUGCAGUUUCAUUAGGAUAUCUUCUGUUACUCAGGUUUUACAAUAAUCCAUCAUUUUAUUAAUCUGUGUCUUCAAAUUAUGAUUACUUCCAUCUGUAGCAAUUCUACAACAUAGUAUCUAAUUGUUUUCUCAAACAUUCCUCAAAACAGCAUUAAAUGAAUGUGGUACAAAUACAGAAUUAAUAAUUAAUUCUACGUUUUUGUUGAGCACUUGAGGUAGUAAGCAAUAAGCCCACAUCAAGGACGAAGAUUAAACUCCAUCGCUGCAGUUUAAUCCUUUAGUCUUCAGAUUAUUCUACCAAAUUUGAUGCUUAUUUGUUCGCAUGGGAUUGGAUUAAUCGUGCAUUCUCUCAUAGCUGUGAGAUUUAUUUGAUGUGACUCUUUACAUUGGGAAUGAUAUUGUAGGAUGGGUGUAAGAGGCUGGAUCUGACUGGUUUUGAACAUAAGAGGUAAACUAUUGAGGCCGGAUAUGGCUGGUUUGGAUGCUAAAGGGUUAAACAUUGGACUAACACCAAUCACCAUCAUAGAUGCCAAACACAUCACUAAUAUGGCAACAGUGGUUAGAUUAGGGUUGAAAAUUGCUAAAGUGCUUGGAAAUGAAUGCCAUAGUGUAAAAAACAAAAAAAAGAUAGGCCAUUAGAGAAAAGUCCAGGUAACAGCAUUAAAUAAAGGACAUAAUAAUGCAUAAGAAAUAAGGUAACUGAUGAAGACUAAACGAGAUCUCUACAUUUCCAUGUCCCCUAGCACAGCCUUGCUCUAGUCAUUAGGGCUGCAUGUAGCUCUGCCAUGGAGGAAAUUACAGAAGCUGAAAUUACAACAUUUUGGAAAAUAUUAAAGCUUAGUUCCAUCACAUGAUUUUAAGACUUAAAUUGGAGGCUGCAUCCAGUAAAAUACAGAUGUAAGGCAAAGCUAAUUCAUGCAAAAAUCAAUAUUUCUUAAUUGUAAUCAAUAUAAAAUGAGCAAUCUAAUUUUGAAAUUGAAGUCAAUUUAAAUCACUUCCUAUUAAUGUUUCUGAUUAAUACUAACACUUUUAAUUGAUGUUUCCCUCUUUAAAUGUGAUUUUUUUUUCUGUGGGAGUGGGAUGAAAAAAAAUUACCCUAAAAAUAUUUUUGAUUAAUAAAUAAAUAAGAAAAUAUUUCUUUAAAAAGAA